GUCUUUCUAUAUAAACAUCAACCACUAUUCCAUGCUCUGCCUAUAACUCUCUUUCCCUCUCAUUUCCGCUCAUCUUCCUUCUUUCAACCUAGGCCAAUGUCUACUUGUUCACAGGACUUAGCUCCGCUCCUCGGCGUCAACGGCACCGGCGCCGCCGACUACAUAUGCGGCAAGUUCAGUGAUGCUUCUUAUGCCGUCGACAACACUUACCUUCUCUUCUCAGCCUACCUCGUCUUCUCCAUGCAACUCGGCUUUGCUAUGCUCUGUGCUGGCUCAGUCCGAGCCAAAAACACCAUGAACAUCAUGUUAACCAACGUCCUCGACGCUGCCACCGGUGGUCUUUUUUAUUACCUUUUUGGGUUCGCCUUUGCCUUUGGGUCCCCUUCCAAUGGCUUCAUCGGCCGCCAUAACUUUGCUUUAGAAUCCAUCCCUUCUUCUUUGUUUGAUUAUAGCAAUUUCCUAUAUCAAUGGGCUUUUGCUAUUGCAGCUGCUGGUAUUACCAGUGGCUCCAUUGCUGAAAGAACCCAAUUCGUUGCUUAUCUUAUUUACUCGUCUUUCUUGACUGGAUUUGUUUACCCCGUUGUUUCGCAUUGGUUUUGGGCGGCUGAUGGUUGGGCUAGUGCUUUAAGAACAGAUGAUUUCCUUUUUGGCUCCGGUGUUAUUGAUUUCGCCGGCUCUGGUGUUGUUCAUAUCGUCGGUGGUGUCGCCGGUUUAUGGGGUGCGCUUAUUGAAGGACCAAGAAUCGGAAGGUUUGAUCAUUCGGGUAGAUCGGUGGCUUUGCGUGGUCAUAGUGCGACGCUUGUUGUUCUUGGUACUUUCAUGCUUUGGUUCGGUUGGUAUGGAUUCAACCCCGGUUCGUUUAACAAAAUCUCGAGUUUUUACACUUCCGGUAACUAUUAUGGUCAGUGGAGUGCGGUGGGAAGAACGGCGGUGACCACCACUUUAGCCGGAUGUACAGCGGCGUUGACUACCCUUUUUGGUAAAAGGAUUUUGACUGGCCAUUGGAACGUCACCGAUGUUUGCAACGGCUUACUCGGUGGCUUCGCCGCCAUCACAUCAGGCUGCUCGGUGGUUGAACCAUGGGCCGCUAUCAUCUGCGGCUUCGUCGCCGCUCUAGUCUUAAUAGGAUGCAACAAACUAGCCGAGAAAGUCAAGUAUGACGACCCCUUGGAGGCUGCCCAAUUGCACGGUGGAUGCGGCGCUUGGGGUGUCAUUUUCACAGGUUUGUUCGCGUCUGAAAAGCUCGUGAAACAAGUUUACCCCAGCAGGCCAGCCAAGUACGGGCUGUUCAUGGGCGGCGGAGGGAAGCUGUUCGCGGCGCAGAUCAUCCAGAUUCUGGUUAUCGUCGGGUGGGUGAGUGCCACAAUGGGAACCCUGUUCUAUUUCCUUCACAAAUUCGGGCUUUUAAGAAUCUCAGUCGAAGAUGAAAUGGCUGGCAUGGACUUAACCAGGCAUGGUGGACUUGCUUAUGUUUAUCAUGAUGAAGAUGAAUCCCAAAAAAAUGGCAUCCAAAUGAGGAAAAUUGAAAGCUUCCCAACUCCUCCUUCAGUCUAAAUUUUGUUUUUUUUAUCAAAUCCAAACUUGUUAAGAAUAUUUUAUCAUAUUGGGUAGAUUAUAUUUUUAUAUAUGUAUAUGAAUUCCUUGAGAUUUGUGUGAGAUAAUUAAUCUUACUGGGUAGGUGGGUGGGUGAGUUUCAUGUUAUUUUUCUAUGUAAGCUUGAAAAAUGGGACUUGUUCUUAAUUAGAAUAUUGAUGUUAGCUUUGGUGGUGAAGAACCUUGUUGAAUCCA